UCUGUGCGAUCAGUAAAGUAUAAAAGGCUACGCUUGCGCCUCCUUCCGCCCUCCUCCAGAGAAAGUCAAAUCUAAACCCACUGGCCAUUUAUUUUAAACACUAACAAGAUAAAGAGAAGAAGAGAGAGAAUCUAAUAUUAAUAAUGCAUUAAGAGAAAAAUAAUAGCAAUAGAAGUUAGAAAAUGGAAAGAGAUGGGUAAGUGUAAGUAACAUUGAAUAACAGAAUAGAAAUACUAGUAUUCAUUCAUCAGCGUCAUCAUCAUUAUCAGCUGUGCGGCAUUCAUGUCGACCUGGUCAGACUCGGACGCAUACCAAACACCAACUCACCCUUACCCAAACCCAAACCCAAGGUCUUCGUAUUACGCUUUCCCUUUCCCUUUCCCUUUCCCUAUCUAUUUUUUUUUUUCCUUUUUCUAAUUCGGCCCAGCAUAACAGAACAGAAGAGAGCAGAACAGGAGAUAUCAGGGGGAGCGUUGGGAUAAUUAAAAGAAUUCCAGGCGGUCUGUGUUUUUAUAAUAGAUGUUUCACAACUCUGCUGAGUUUUGCAUUCUGAGGAUGUCUGCGUCAAGGGCUUGGACAGUAGGAGCUGUCUUUCUUAUGUGGCUGUUUGGGUCUUCAUUACUUAUUGGAGCACAAGAUGGCAUUACGGACCCAAUCGAAGUCCAGGCAUUACGAGACAUCAAGAGCACUUUGAUUGAUACCAACAAGAAUUUGAGUAAUUGGAAUCGAGGAGACCCGUGCACAUCCAAUUGGACAGGAGUUUUGUGCUUCAAUACAUCUCUGGAUGAUGGCUACCGACAUGUUAGGGAACUGCAACUAUUGAAUAUGAAUCUUACAGGGAGUUUAUCACCUGAGCUUCGCCGCUUAUCUCGUCUAGAAAUAUUGGAUUUUAUGUGGAAUGGCUUAAGUGGAAGUAUACCAAAGGAGAUUGGCAAUAUUACAUCCUUGAAACUCUUGCUCCUAAAUGGAAACCACUUGACAGGUCCUUUGCCUGAAGAACUUGGUUAUCUUCCAAAUCUGGACAGAAUACAAAUUGACCAGAACAACAUAUCUGGACCAAUACCCACAUCAUUUGCAAAUUUAAAUAAAACAAAGCAUUUUCACAUGAACAACAAUUCAAUUAGCGGACAAAUUCCUCCUGAACUCGCCAGGUUACCAUAUCUUGUUCACUUCCUUCUGGACAAUAACAAUUUAUCAGGGUAUCUUCCACCAGAGUUAUCCAAAAUGCCGAAUUUAACUAUCCUUCAACUUGAUAACAACAACUUUAAUGGGACUACAAUUCCAGAUUCUUAUGGCAACAUGUCUAAAUUGUUGAAAUUGAGCCUCAGGAGCUGUAGUUUGCAAGGACCAAUCCCUGAUCUAAGCAGGAUGCCCAUACUUGCUUAUUUAGACCUUAGUUCAAAUCGGCUAAAUGGUACCAUACCUACAAAUCAGCUUUCUCAGAAUAUGACAACCAUUGAUUUAUCCAAUAAUGAACUCACUGGAAGCAUUCCUGCCAACUUUUCCAGCCUACCUAAUCUUCAGAAGCUGUUACUUGCCAAUAAUUCAUUGAAUGGUUCUGUUCUGUCCUCCCUUUGGCAGAACAAGACUUUGAAUGCAACAGAGAGUCUUACCCUGGAUUUGGAGAACAAUAGGCUUACUAACAUUUCGGACAGCAUUAACCUCCCUCCAAAUGUCACUCUCUGGCUCAAAGGGAACCCUGUGUGCAUAAAUGACAAUAUAAAUUUACGCCAGCAGUGUGCAUCUCGAAGUGAUAAUGUAACUGGAAGUCAGUCUACAACAAACUCCACUGCUGUCUGUCAGCCUCAAUCAUGCCCGUACCCUUAUGAAUAUUCCCCUACAUCUAAUUUAUCUUGCUUUUGUGCUGCACCUCUUCUUAUUGGAUAUCGGUUGAAGAGUCCUGGCUUUUCAGAUUUUCCUCCAUAUACGAUUAGAUUUGAGGACUACCUUACCUCUGGUCUUGACUUGGAUUUUCAACAACUAUAUAUAGAUUCGUUUGCAUGGGAAGAAGGACCUCGACUGAAAAUGUAUUUGAAGCUCUAUCCUGUUUAUAAUGCCACAAGUAACAGUCGUAAUAUGUUUAAUAUGAGUGAGGUUCAACGCAUCAGGAGGAUGUUCACAGGAUGGCUUAUUCCUGAUAGUGACAUAUUUGGACCAUAUGAACUUCUCAACUUCAAUUUACUGGACAUCUAUAAUGAAGGGACAGUCACCACUUCAUCAGGUGGUAUAAGCACGGGUGCACUGAUUGGCAUUGUACUGGGGGGCAUUGCUGUUGCUGUUACAUUAUCUGCAGUUGUCACACUCUUAAUCUUGAGAGUGCGUCUGAGGAACUACCAUGCAAUUUCAAAACGAAGGCAUACUUCUAAGGCCUCAAUUAAGAUAGAUGGUGUCAAGAGUUUUACUUACACGGAAUUGGCCAUGGCAACAAACAAUUUUAACAUCUCCACUCAAGUUGGCCAAGGUGGGUAUGGAAAGGUUUAUAGAGGCAUUUUGGCUGAUGGCAUGGUAGUAGCCAUAAAACGUGCACAAGAAGGAUCAUUACAGGGUGAGAGGGAGUUCCUUACUGAAAUUCAAUUAUUGUCAAGAUUACAUCAUCGAAAUCUUGUGUCUUUGAUUGGAUAUUGUGAUGAAGAAGGCGAGCAGAUGUUGGUAUACGAGUUUAUGUCAAAUGGCACUCUGAGGGAUCAUCUUUCUGCUAAGUCUAAAGAAACUCUGAGUUUUGCAAUGAGAUUAAGACUUGCCUUUGGUUCGGCCAAGGGAAUCCUCUACCUACACACAGAAGCUGAUCCUCCAAUAUUCCAUCGAGAUAUCAAGGCCAGCAACAUACUAUUGGAUUCGAAGUUCACUGCAAAGGUUGCUGAUUUUGGACUAUCAAGACUUGCUCCAGUUCCAGAUGUAGAAGGGGCAGCCCCUGCUCAUGUAUCUACAGUUGUAAAGGGGACUCCGGGUUACCUGGACCCGGAGUAUUUCCUAACACAUAAGUUGACAGACAAGAGUGAUGUAUAUAGCCUAGGUGUUGUAUUUCUAGAGCUAUUGACUGGGAUGCAUCCAAUCUCACAUGGCAAAAACAUUGUUCGAGAGGUUAAUCUUGCAUAUCAAUCUGGUAUGAUCUUCUCGGUGAUUGAUGGAAGAAUGGGUUCUUAUCCAUCUGAGUGUGUGGAGAAGUUUGUGGCUUUGGCCCUCAAAAGUUGCCAAGAUGAGACAGAUUCUAGACCUUCAAUGGCAGAUGUGGUUCGUGAACUUGAAAACAUAUGCCUGAUGAUGCCAGAGUCUGACAUGGGAGUCUCAGAAUCCAUUGACACUGUAGCUGGAAAGAUGGCUCCAGUCACUCCAUCAAGUUCUGUGGUGAAGAAUCCCUACGUGUCAUCAGAUGUUUCUGGUAGUGACCUUGUUAGCGGAGUGGUUCCCACCAUUACACCCAGAUGAAUGAAGGUGGAAGCUAUUUUCUUGGUGAAUGUUGGACCAUAAUUUCUACUUUCUUGGUUGUUUUGUCUUGUCUUUUCAUAUCAUGUGUAGAACACAGAAAUGGUUAGAUAAGCCCUUACUCGUUUGCUAGCUUCUAACAUAUAGUAAGGGUCUGCUCUGCUUCUCCAUUUCGUAUUUGAUUUUAAGGAGGUUAGUUAAUAAUAUUUUGAAUUUUAUUUUAUAUAUAUCUUAAUGUAUAUUAUUAAUACAAACAAGAAAAACUAUCCGGUUACGUCCGG